AUGUUGUAUAUACAUGACAAAGAGUGCGAUAGAAAUACAGUGAAAGCAGAUGAUAAUUUACAAGCUAAUUCUACAGUUGUUGUAGCUGAUUCAAUGAUACAAAAGAAAAAAAAUCUAGUGAAAUGUAUGGAAACAUUGGAUGAUUCUUCGAUGACACUAGAAGAACAUACUAUAAAAAAGAAGUCUGAUUCGAAGGAGAACCUAACUCAGAAAAACACAACUUCUGCAUCCAGUAAUGAUUUCGCAUCAAAAGAUCCAAUAUCCACUAUUAUGUCACCAAAGGCUGAACGAUAUGUUCGUAGAUGGUUAACAGAUGCUUCACCAUUAGAGCGCACAACUGCAUUGGAAUUGAUAGACAAGCUCUACCGUGAGACAAACGAACAAGAUCAACUAACUGAUACUCAAUUUCAAAUCGUUAUGAAACGAGUUAAGAACAUUAACUGGGAUCAAAACAAAACACCACACCCUGUGUUUUCUCGAAGUGAUGGUUCAACGCAUCUCAAGUAUUUAGAUCUACUGACUAAGCAAGAAAGAAGGGAUCACUGGAUGUAUUGCAGUUGGCAUCACUUACCUCCUUACAGAAUAUCAAAUACGGCUAAAUACGACUACCCUGGGUCACAUUAUUUACAUUUAUUGGAAAGACAACCAAAAGAAUAUGUUAUUCAUCCUGACUUAGGUUAA